AUGCUGCGGCGGCUGCACAUUUGUCGCCGCGGCGCAGCUCCGCUGCCGUGGUUGGCGUUGUGCGCGAUCGUCGUCGCAUUUUUGUGGCGCAUCGCUUCUUCCGAUGAGUGGUGUAAAGUCGCCACUUUCGGUCUUGAGCCUCAUUAUGAGCAAUGCCUACCAGAUGGCGAUACGCUGGUGCGAUACACAAUCGAAGUCGUCCCGUUGCGUCUGGAUGACAUGAGCCUCAGUGCCGACGUACGCAUCAAGAUCAUCGGUGACGGGAGGGAAACCAAGCCUAUAACCAUAGCUUCCGUCGACGGCACCCAUACCAGGCUGAAUGUGGAACGCAUCGAUGUUGGAGACCCUCGUGCCAUCGAGUUGGAUUCCGGCACUUCCGAUUGGUCGUGCGAACGUAUCACCGUAUUUCGCGACUCCAAGUACUGGAUUUUCGACUGUAUUGCAGAUGGUUCGGCGGGCGUGGUUGACGACCGCCCGCGCUACCUGCUUUCCGGGAACAAGGUGUACACCGUCAGCAUUCAGACCGGAAGCUACAAGGAUUCCGGCACAUCAGGCCGCAUAUCUCUGAUGCUGAUUGGCUCCCUGGGCAAAAGCAACACGAAAGUCUUAGGGACAAACUUCUACACAGGUUCGUAUUUGACGUUCGUGUUGAAGGCUGCGGAUGUCGGUGAUGUCACCGGCGUGCUGCUGUCGAAUUCUGCCACUGCCGACCCGUGGUACUGCGAAGACAUACGCGUGUUGUCCUCGAACGAAUCGGUGAAGACGUUUGCGGUUAAGCGCUGGAUCGGCAGCCCCUACGAGGAAUCGGUUGAGAUCACAACGGCCGAGGGCACGAGCGUGACGAACUUCAACGAGACCACGCCUAUGGAUAUUCAGUGCCACACGCGCGCCAUCGAUCUUUAUUCUGGACCCGUCAACAAGCCGUUCAACGUAACAGUGCGGUGCCCUAUGAACUGCCAGGCAUCCGCGCUGGUGCAUAUUGUGGGUUCCUCCCUGCACCAUUCAUCGUCGUCAAUUUGCACAUCUGCAUUGUAUGACGGCGUCUUAACCCCUUCUGGUGGGGAGGUGGUGGUUUCCAUAGUGGGUGCGUUGAAGCACUACCAUGGCACUGUGAACCCUUUUAACCGCAUGGAGUCAGAGAGCUACGAACCGUCUCCGAACAAGCCGUACUACUCGUUCUAUACGUUCCUAAACGAGAGCAUCGACAACGUCGAGUCCAACGUGCGGCUGGUUGAUGGUACAGUUACUUGGUUUGUGUCGCCAUCGUGUGCAGCGUUCGGACGUCUCUCCUCGUUUGGUAGACUAGAAGUGCUGAAAAACGGCAAAUGGGGUACUGUAUGCAACAAAGGAAAGUUUGGCGCUUUCAACGAAGCUGCGGCCAACCUCGUGUGCCGAAAGCUAGGUGCGUUGAUACAGCAACCCGUUUUACACCACCCAGGAUUCAAGCAUGGCAUCCACGUCAUGGAAAACUGCUCCAGCGUGAACGAUCAAAAUAUGUGCGUUCCGCGCGGUUACGCCGUUUCGUACGCCGGGCUGAUGUGUUUGGGAACUGAGGAUGACAUAUCGAGCUGCAUCAUUGAAGAGCCAACUGUGGACUGCCAGUCUCACAAGGAUGACGUCAUUGUCAAAUGCACCAAUACGACGCCACAUGAUGGCAUCCCCUUCGGCACCCUGCGUCUGGUUGAUGCGUCCGGCGUGCCCACGAGCACGGGCACUGGCCGCCUUGAGUUCUACAACGACGGGUUCGGCUCCGUAUGCAACGAGUCGUGGAGCAAAGCCGCUGCCAAGAUCGCCUGUCAGGAGAUGGGAUACAGCGGCCUUCACAACGGCGGCAUGGUUGGUCAGGACUGCGCCGAUGUCCAUGGCGUGAACCUCUGCGCGCCAGUCACACACAAGAUCGCCGCAGUGGAUUUCCAAUGUCGGGGCCUGGAGCGCGCUCUCGGCCAAUGCCCUCACGAGUCAGCUGACGACAUCUACUGCACCCACGACCAGGACGUGGUGCUCUCCUGCGCUGGCAACGGCGACCCGAGCGAAUUCAGACACAUACGGCGUACGGAGCCGUUCACGCCUGUAAUGAAGAAGCUGCCGCAUGCCGUGAAGCUAACAUGCUACGACAACAUGGGGUCUCACAGCGAGUUUCAGACAAAGCAUGGCGACUUUGCGAUCGCCAUCUGCCCACCGGGAUGCAAGAGCGAUCCAGCCGCCCUAAAGGGCACAUUCAUUUACACGGAGGAUUCGGCGAUCUGCAAGGCAGCUGUGCAUGCCGGCGUGGUAGACGACUCUGGCGGCGAGAUAGUGGUCAUUCGUGCCAUCACUCAGCCUACCUUCUACGGUUCCGUGAUGAACGGCGUGACGAGCCUUGGCGCACACAAGAUCGCUUCGGAGUUUCAGGCGGGGGCUUUUCUGGUCUCGCGAGCGACGAAGCACAUCCUAUCCAAGCAGAUGAAGCUGCAGCAUGCCCUCGAAUCUCAGGCGGACCCGAAGCCGCUCAUGGGCGCUGAUACACCUCCGUCUCCUCCAACUGUCCGUUGGUUCCCCGAGAUGGGCUGGAAGGGUUUCAACGGUUCUGCUGCGGAUUUCGUGAGCCUGCGCAACUUCCCCAACACCGAGAAACUGAAGACGCUGCGUGAUUUCACGUUCAUCGUGCAGAUGACUCCCACCGGUGCGUCGUAUAUAGAUAGUCCUGACAUGCACACCAGAGCUCGUUGGCAAAUGGAGCACGUUGUUUUCGUUUCAGGGCUGCGGCGGUCUUACGUGUACGAUAGACAACGCCGGAGAGAUGGUUCUGGAGGAGAACUGCAGACCGGCAUUAUUCAAAACUACGUUCUUCCCUACACUGGGCAUCCCACGCGCGACAUGGGCUUUUUCGUUGAUGGGACUCUUAUCGCAAGCCGUUCAACCGAGUUCGACUUCAGUUUCCAGGGAGACCUGAUUCUUGGUAAAUCUGCGGAGACUGAUUCGGACUUCUUCGUCGGCCAACUGUUGUCGCUAGAAGUCUUCGAUUAUGUGAUGCCACCGGAUCAGGUGCUGCAUCACAGCCGUUUACUUCAGACGCUGGAAGGCAACCGCAUCCACUCGCGCCACUCGUCCACCCGCAUGACCGUUGAGGGGAACAUGUGCCUAAGCAAGUGCGUUCGCAUGCGCUCUCCAGCGCACGAUUCGGCGCGUCACGGCAGCCCUACGAACCCAGCAAUCCACCUGAGCUGCCACAACACGCUCGAAGACGAGCGCUUCAACGGCGCUACCGGCAACGAGUUCCUGGUGAGCUGCAGCCGGAGCUGCACGGACCCGCUGCUCGUGCUGAAGGGCAGUAAGGUUUACACCCCCGACUCAUCGAUCUGCAAAGCUGCGGUCCACUCAGGUGCCAUUCCUCUGGAGGGAGGCGAGGCUAUCGUUACCAUCCUGCACGGCCAGGACAGCUACGACCGAUGCGUUGGUCACUACGGCGUGUUGAGCAACAAGUGGAACCUACCGCAUAUGCGGUCGUUCUCCGUGCGCCGCGCCCCCCUUGUGUUGGCGCUGUCAUGCCAAGACCCCGGGAUUUUCGUGCUGAAGAUGAACCCCGGGACGCGCACGCUGCUGCGCUGUCCUCCGGGCUGCCUAGACAACCAAACGACGAACGUUUUCGGUACCGGCGUGUACAACCCCGUUUCCUCGCUCUGCCAGGCCGCCAUACACUCCGGCAAGCUGGACAACCGUGGAGGAGAGGUCGAAAUCGAGGUUUUAGGGAGCCAGGAAUCGUUCGCUGGGUCGACCUCCAACGGCGUGACGUCGUUGUCCAGCGGCCAGUAUUUGAAGAGCUUCCGCGUGCUCCGCGGCACUGUCAGCGCUGCCUAG